AUGGCUAGACAAAAUCACAGCACAGUGACUGAGUUUAUUCUCUUGGGCUUGACAGAUCAUCCAACACUGCAGGUUCCACUCUUCAUCGCGUUCCUCAUGGUCUAUAUUGCUACUUUGAUGGGAAACCUGGGAAUGAUCUUGUUGGUCAGAGCUGAACCCCACCUGCACACCCCCAUGUACUUCUUCCUCAGCCAUUUGUCCCUUGUUGAUAUUUGCUAUUCAUCAUCCAUCGUGCCUAAGAUGUUAGUCAACUUUUUGUCUGAAACAAAAGUGAUUUCCUUCUCUAGCUGCGCAGCACAAAUGUCUCUUUUCCUCAAUUUUGUUGUCACAGAGUCUUUCCUACUGGCUGUGAUGGCUUAUGACCGUUACGUAGCCAUCUGCAAUCCACUUCUUUACAUGCUUAUUAUGUCCAGAAAACUCUGUAUUUGUUUAGUAGCUGGAUCCUAUAUAUGUGGUAUCAUAUGUUCCCUGAUACACACUUAUUCCGCCUUUCAAUUAUCCUUCUGUGGACCUGACACCAUUAAUCAUUUUUUCUGUGAUGUUUCUCCAGUGUUAGCUCUUGCCUGCUCUGACACACACAUCAAUGAAGUGCUGCUUGUCGCCUUCGCUACGUUUGUGGAAACUAGCACGAUCAUAAUCAUCCUCGCCUCUUAUACUGUCGUUAUCCUGGCUGUGCUGAGGAUCCGCUCUGAAGAGGGAAAGUACAAAGGCUUCUCUACGUGCGCCUCCCAUUUAACGGUCAUCACUCUAUUCCACGGGACCGUCCUUUUUAUGUAUUGCCGACCCAGCCAUCUCUAUUCUAUGGACACAGACAAAAUUGCCUCCGUCUUUUACGCGGUGGUGAUCCCCAUGCUGAACCCCCUCAUCUACAGCCUCAGGAACAAGGAGGUGAAGGAUGCUUUGGGAAGACUCAUGAGGAGAAAAAAUUCCUCCCGAUGACUGUACGUGUUGCUAGGCUUUAGAGCACUCAUAACACAAAUGUGAAAGGAAGAGAAGUAUCCAGAUCUCUGGAAACGCACCCUUAUGUCUCACAAUGUCGCUAACAAGUGCGAAGGAC